AUGGGCCCUGCAGACCAGUCCGACCAAGUCCAACCGGCGACGAUGGGCCCUGCAGACGAGCUCCUCGAUCCACAGCGACGCGACCUGAUCACACGGCUGUCUCGCAUUAGGGGAGACUUCAGAACUGAUUCGAUCGGAUGGGCUUGCUUGUGGUUUGCAGAUCUCUCUUCGAUUGAGGAGAUCAUCAAAGCCUUUGAGCAGGAUCCGCGGAGCAUAUCCUAUGCUUUAAAGAUAUCUUUGUCAAAAAAUGACCCGACAACACAAGCUAUCGCAGCUUCUCGGGCUAGAAGUACUGCACUGUCCAAUGAAGACCUGGGAGAGCCUUCUGAAGACGAAGGAACACAGACAGACGAGACUCCAGCUAAGAAGCGCCGGCUUGCUUCGGAUCCGCGACAGACUUCUAAGAUUCCUACAUGGACCGGAAAACAAACAUCUGAGCGGCCCUUAGGGGCAUCCUCUACCUGCAAGGAGCGAGAUAAUGACACGUGUAUUCUCACCGGUUGCUCUUUACCAGUUGAAGUUACACAUAUAUUCCCAAAAGGCCUCGGCAAGAGGGGUGAAGGGAGAUUCGAGAACUUCUGGGAGGUUUUGGGGACUUAUUGGAGCCCACAACAAGUCAAGGCCUGGGAGGAACAGACCUUUGACCCAGAUGGAACAGAGACCUGUUCCAAUCUAAUGUGUAUGAACAAUAUGGCCCAUAAGCUAUGGGAAAAGGCGGGUUUUGCCCUGAAACCUCUGUCCCUGAGUGAGGAUAAAAGGCAACUUGAAGUCCAAUUUUAUUGGCUGCCGAUGAAUAAAUACCGCGGGGCAAUGCGAGGGCUGGUUAAUUUUGUCACGGACACGAGACUGUGCUCUGGGGACAUUCUCACCUUCAAGACCGGUGACCCGGAGGGUCACCCCCUUCCAUCCAUGGAGCUACUGAACAUGCAGUGGGUCCUACAUCGGGUACUUGCCCUCAGUGGUGCCGCCUACGCGACCGACAAAGAACUUUUCCUCGACCCAGAUGAUCCUCUUGGGCGUCUUACUGCGUUUGGGGUGUAUGGAGAGGACUCCGACUGGGAUAGCGAGAUGGAAGUGGAGGAGGAGGAAGAAGACGAAGAGGAGGAGGAGGAGGAGGAGGAAGAAGACGAAGAAGAGGAGGAGGAGUAUACAUAGUUCAGC